GAUGAUGAACUCCCUGAUUACAUUAUGGUUAUGAUUGCCAAUAAAAAGACGGAGAAACAGAUGAACAGUGAUCUCAAUUUGUUCCUAAGCCACAACACAGAAAAGUUCACAUUAUGGUUGCACAUUUUGUUGAAAAAACUUCAAAGUCUUGGAUCAGACCAACAGAAAUCCAAAGAAUUAGAAAAAGCAGAGGCAAAAGACAAUGACCCCCAGAAAGAGACUCAUGUAGAUAAAAAAGAGAAGCAGAGUAAAAGACAGCUGUCAACAGAGAAGAAAGAAAAGACAAAAGAGAAAAACAAAGACAGUAGGGAGAAAACAAAGGAGGUCAAAAGUGUCACCAAAGAGGGCAAAAAAGGCAAGGCUGGCCCUGAGGUAGACCCAGAAAUCGAGGAUUUACUGACAAACAAAGAGGAGGAUGAGUUUGCUGCAGAGUUCAAAGAGGAACCAAGUGUAUCAAAGACAGGAAAGGCAAAACCAUCAGAUAAAA